GAUAAAGGAGAUUACCCAUCAAUAGAUGCUAUGGACAACAUUAGCAUUGAACACUCAAUGGACUGCAUUUUAGAGGAGCCCAAGGUAAUUAUUGAUGUUGCUCAACCCCCUGAUACUGAGAAGCAUGUUCAUCAGUGGUUGGAGUAUCUCCAAGGCAAAGACAUCAAAAGUGGUUUAUUCCAAGAAGAAUCCUAUUACACAAUGGAUUUAUGGGACUUUGCAGGGCAGCACCUGUACUAUGCCAGCCAUCCUAUCUUCUUAUCACAGCGAGCACUGUACAUAUUGGUGCACAAUCUCAGCAAGCCUUUGGAUGCUACAGCUGAGCCCUGCAUGAGACAAGGUAGUAAUGAUGUGAAAUUGGAAAACCCUAACAAUGAAACAAACAUGGAGAAUUUGCUGUCAUGGCUGGCUACAGUACACAGUGUUGCCCUGGCAACUGAUGACCCAGAUGAUGAUGCACAACAUAAGCUGCCCUACCUCCGUCCCCCAGUGUUUAUUGUUGGAACACAUGCUGACAAACCAGUUGAAGACAUAGCAGUAAUAAAGAAACAAAUACAGGAGAGAAUUUCUGGUAUGGAAUAUGAGAAGCAUGUGGUCAAACCCUUAUUCUGCAUUGACAACACUCAGAGGCCAAACUUGAUCAAGAAAUUUAUCCAGAAGAUUCAAAAGCAGAGAGGAAAACAUAAAACAGCAGAGGAAGAAGGAAAAGCAGAUGGAAUAAAAGAAUUGCGGAACAAAAUCCUGGAGGUGUUGAGGCAGGAGCCUUAUAUGGGGGAGAAAAUACCUGUCAGAUGGUUUUUGUUUGAAAAGGUGAUUGAAGCUUUGGUGGCUAAACAGAUUUAUCACAGAAAUCUGCAACAACUUGAGCACUAUGCAAAGAAAGAUUGUUUCAUGAAAGAUGCAAAAGAGUUUGAGUCCAUGAUCAGUUUUUACCAUGGCCUGGGGAUGAUAAUCAAGCACCGCAGUACAGUUGUACUAAAGGCUCAGUGGUUGAUUGAUCUGUUCAAACAGCUGAUAACCAUUCCACCUUUCAAUAAACAGAAUGCUCGAUAUGCUAAUUUCUGGCGGGAACUUGAAGGAAGUGGCAUCCUUAGCAUGGAACAUGUUGAUUACGUGUUCUCCAGCUUUAUUGAGCCAGGAAUCAUUAGAGAAGACAUCCUGGACAUGAUGGAGCAAUUUGGUUUGAUCGCUAAGUUCUCUGUUUCCCCAAAUGAGGAGAAGUACUUUGUACCAGCUCAGUUGAAGUCAUCACCUGAUGAACUCUGUAAGAUGAAACCAUCAUCAACUGAUCCAUGUCCAUUGUAUCUCCUCUUUGUCCAUGGCUUUGUCCCCCAUGGUCUCUUCUUCCAGCUUGUCUCGCGAUCCAUUCAUUGGUGUUCAAAGACAUGGGCCACACAUCAACCCACUCUGUACCAAAAUGGAGCAUGGUUCAUCAUUGGAAAAGAUAUUCAUGAUUUUGUCCUCAUAUGCAAAACAGGGUUUGUGAAGGUAAUCUUGAGAAAAAAAGCACAAAGUCAUCAGGUUGUAGGACAGAACUCUGUCAAAUUAGCAACUCUUGUUCGUGAAUUUCUUGAAGACACCCUAAAGAAUUUGUCACAAGAAAUGCCAUACCUGAGGGGAAUGCAGUAUAGGCUGUGUGUUGCAUGUCCUAACUGCCAUCAAGGGAAAGAAGAAAUGCGUUGUGCAUGCUCAGACCACAUGAAAACCACUUGCACACACAAGAACUGCCUCCACCUCAUUGAUGCAAAUGAAGGUCAGCCGGACAUCUGUAAGCGAAAACCUUGGGAUAUGGUAGCACCAGUUUGUGGAUUGAAGAAAUGGUUCUUGAAAAGAAGCCAGGGUUUGUCCUCAUCAAAUGUAGCUACCAGAUCACAUGAUAAAGCGAGUGUAAUAAAUCCAAUGAAGUCUGCCACAGCAUUGAAGGUGACUCUCCUGGGCAGUGAGUGGAGUUCGUCAAUGGGGGGCUUGUCCACUAUCAAUAGACAGCUUGCCAUUCUGUUGGCCAAACACUCUGAAGUGGAUGUUACUCUCCUUGUCCCACAGUUUGCCUGUUCUGAUGACGAGAGGAGAAUGGCAUCUAGUCACAAUGUUUCUAUCCAGGAAGCCGAGAAACUUGCAGGCUUCAGUGAUCCUCUUGAAUGGUUGAGUUUUCCACCAAGAGACCUUGACAUUGACUUUGUGCUGGGUCAUGGUGCAAAGCUUGGUAAGCAAGCCCAAGUUAUCAGAAAGUAUCACAGUUGCAAGUGGAUUCAGGUGGUGCACACUGCACCCGAAGAACUAGGAAUGUACAAAGACUAUCCCAUGGCCAUUUCCAAAGGUGAAGAUAAGAGAACAACUGAAGUGGAGUUGUGUAAGUUGGCAGAUGCUGUGGUAGCAGUUGGACCAAAGUUGACAAAGGCAUACUCUUCUUACUUGCGCUCAUGUGAGAAGCACCAAGAUAUAAUUCAACUGACACCAAGCACGUUCAUUGAGUUUUCCGACGUUAAACAAGCUGCAGUUGAUAUGGACAACUUUAAGGUUCUAACGUUUGGCCGUGGUGACCCAGAGGACUUCAGCUUGAAGGGCUAUGAUAUCUCUGCCAGAGCAAUAGUUGAACUGAAAGACAGGUCUUAUCAUCUGACUUUCGUGGGUGCACCUGACGGUAAACAGGAUGAGGUAGCAAAGAAUUUACUCAAGAGUGGAAUUGAUAAAAAGCAGCUGGCUGUGAAUAAAUUUGUACAAAGUAAAGAGAGAUUGAAAGAAUUAUUUUGUGAAGUAGAUCUCUGCAUCAUGCCCUCUAGAACAGAGGGGUUUGGUUUGACGGCUUUAGAAGCAUUGUCUGCUGGUCUUCCCAUUCUUGUCAGUGGCAACUCAGGAUUUGGUGAAGCACUGUGCACUGUACCAUCAGGCAAAUCAUUCGUGGUGGAGUCUGAGGACCCUCAGGAGUGGGCAAAGGCAAUUGCUGGUGUCCGACAGAAGGAAAGAUCAGACCGACUUCAAGAUAUUCAACAGCUGAGGAGGUCAUAUGAAGAGAAGUUUAGCUGGGAGAAGCAGUGUGACAGUCUUGUGGAGAAGAUGUGGGACAUAGUUCAUGCUUCUAAAAGACAAGACACAAGUUUCAGAGCUCAGCAGGUCAAAGUUGUUGACACGUCAACUGAACAACUAACAGUGGAUUCAUUACUGACUCCAAGUUUUCUUGAACAAAUCAUCCAGGAACUUCAGCAGAUGCAGCUGGAUGCAAGCAAAGUCAAGAGUAGAACAGAUCUAUCAUUGGGGCUGAGGAAUAUUGCAUCAGACAGGGGCUUCAGAAUAUCUGACAAUCAAGGAUUAGGAAAUUGCAUGUUCCAUGCCUUGUCUGAACAACUGGAAGUUGUUAAGGGAAUCAAAAUCCCACACGGUGAAUUAAGACAAAUCUUAGUUCAGUACCUCAGGGAUAACCCAAAACUUCCAGAUGGAACAGAUCUGUUUCACUUUGUCCAUGGACAUCAAACAUGGAGUGAAUACCUAGUACACAUGGAAAGAGAUGGUGCUUGGGGUGAUCAUGUGAUUCUGUGUGCCACAGCAAACUACUUUGAAACAUGCAUUUGUGUGGUCAGCAGUCUAUCCCAUAGAAAUGAUGUAAUCAUAAUGCCACAUUGUGCAGUUGAUGAAAGGAAACCUCUUGUGCUGGGACAUAUUCAUGAGGUGCACUAUGUCAGCCUUCAACCCAUGCAAGGUUAAAGUGGCAGGCCCCUACAGUCACUUUGAUUGGCCCUUGUGAAGAGUGUGGCCUAGCAGAAUGACUUUAUAAGCAUACAGACUAUUGAUGCAAAUUGGACAACUAGAGCCUUCUUCAUCCUGAUUUAUCCAAUGUAAACUUCAAAAAUUUAGAUUUGGUUUUAGAGGUUUUAUAAUAUUAGUUUUCAAAUGUAUCAUAUGAAAAGAAAAACAAUCCAAAUGACAAGGGAUGUAAAGAAACGACAUCAUACUGUUAAAAGUUAUUGUAACUAUACAAAAGUGUCUACAGGAAACAAAACACUAUCACCAAUAUGAAAUUUUAUUGAGGGGAUUUGAAACAUGAACUCAGUUACUCUUAAUUUUAAUGGACCAACAAAAAUAUUUAUUGCUACAUACCAUGUGUAUGUACAACUUUGAAUCUACCUCUCACCCUUUUAACUGCCACAAAUGGAUGUUUUAAUUUUGGAAGCAGCUUAUUCCAUUUUCAGCCCAUUCAUGCCAUUUAGGAAAUGGAUCAGUGCUAAUUGAUGAUCUUACAUUAAAUUGUAUGUUAAGGAAAAAUCGUAAGACUCUAUUUAUUAUAAUUGUUUUAGUGUAGUAAUAAAUGUUUUUGUAAAGGGUAGUUGUUUGUGAAUAUAUAUAGGCAUGUCAAUUAUCAUUUUGUGUUUCCAAAUCCUAGUGAUACCUGUUUGAAGGG